AAAGCAAAUAUCGCGCACAUCCCAGUAGGCAAAAUGGCAGCGGCGGUGCUAAUUAAGCAUACUUUACUUAUUGUACUGGUAUGUCUCGUGUAUGAUGCGCACGCAAGACCAGACAGCCGAAGAAGGAGCAACAGAUAUGACCGAUGUAGAAAAGAUCUUGAGCGCUGUGUCGGUACUGGAAGAGGGUAUGCUUGCAUGAAUGGUGGGUAUGAUGUCGAGUGUAGAGGCAGAAAUGUGAUUUGUGAUGGGCGCAUAGACUGUCCUUGGGGAGAGGACGAGAAAUUCUGCAAUCGUCCAACAAUACGACCUACAAGUACCACAUAUACCACCACGACUAUUGCCAGAACAACAACAACAACCAAAACCAGUACCACCACCACGACCAGAACUAACUCAGUCACCAGUACAUCCACAACGACUUCCCACACUACAUCAACUUCCGUCACAACGACUACUUCAACGCCUUCCGUAUCAUUGGCUUCCAGCAGUGUGUGGUUUGCGACGACAAUAACUUCUACACUUACUGAAUCAUUUUCUGCAGUAAUAGCUCGUAAUAGCGGCGACAUGAUCACUGGCGGUUCAACAUGUUCAUUUGUAACUAAAGCUGCGGCUGACAAUGUUGCGGCUGGUGACUACAUUUUAGUGACAACCACCACGGAAUCAAUUCUAAUCGUGGAAGUCUCCGCGACCUGCUCAGCGACAACUGCAACUGUGAAUUAAACAGGCGUACUGUCUUAAUAUGUUUGAGGCAGUAAGCAUGCUUGAUAUAGUAUUUUGUUUUUAAUUAAUACGCAUAUAUUUUCUCAUUGUAACACAGGGAGAGAACAACCAUUAAUAUGCAGGCUUAGAAACAAUGUUUGUGCGUAUCUUAGAAAUAUCUUCUGACGAAAACAUUCGUUACUCCAAAACAUUACUUUGGUAAAAACACAAAUCAGUUUUUAUUUGUUAUAGAAUCUAACUUAAACUGAAGAUAUGUUCAAAACUUGUAACAUGAAAUGAAAUGAAUUUCUGAUUGCCUACGCUAUUUUAAAACUCGGUAUGUUUAGAUACAUUUUUAUUAAAGUGACUCCCAUUAACACAUUGAAAUUUAAAAAGUUAUAACGUACACGUUUUAUGCUUUAGUAGACAAGUGUCUGCUUGAUUUCAAGCUAGUUUGUUAGUAUUCUAUUAUACUGUUAUUAUAUCUCGCAUUUAGCUAACGCUAUUUAUUCGGAUAACAUAAAACAAUACAUUGAUACGCAAAACACAAAGCUCGUCAAGGCAAUGACAGAAAAAAAAAUUGUAAUAUGCCUGUUUUUGUUAAAACUCGCUUACGCUAAAAUGACGUCACGGUAAUGGGCAAUGGCAUCAAGCUGCCAAGAAACAGUGCUACUUUAUUUCAACUUCUGGUUUAGAUAUAGGGCUUACUAGAAUAUAAUUCUAACACGAUCCGAUUAAUUUUUCUAUUAAACAAAGAAGGCAGAAAACAGUGAAUUAUUAUACAACAAAUCACUGUUCUGACGUCACAAUUAUUACGUCAUGGCGUCAAGCGGCGCGCUGGAAAAGAAACCAAUUGAAAACGGGCAAGUAUUUAAUGAAUGUCAUCAAGGAUGUACUUAAAAUCCUUGGUAACGUGUUAGAAUCGAAAUAAUAUAUCUCAUUUAGAGAUUUGCUCUUGAAUAAAUCAUUGUUUGUCGUUCA